AUGGCAACCGUUAAGUACUGGAUCGUCGACAUUUUUUCCACCACGGCUUUCAAGGGCAAUCCCCUCGCCUUGGUGGACAACACGGACGGGUCGCUUUCCGACACCCAACUCAAGCUCAUCACGCGCCAAUUCAAUCUCUCGGAGACGACUUUCUUCUCAAAACCCACACGCCCGGGCGCAACGUAUAGACUGCGUUCGUUCCUGCCCGAUGGAAAGGAGGUGUUUGGCGCCGGCCACAACAUCUUGGGCGCUUGGUGGUUCCUAGCCGACUCUGGGCGGCUGGACCUCAGCAAGCCGGCGUCUGUAGAUGCUGCAACUGGAACCGAAGAGUUUACGGUGUUCCAGGAGCUUGGGACAGAAGUCUUGCCGGUCAAGAUUUUGCGCAAAAAGACAGCCGGAGGUCAUCAAGUUUCCGUAUCGUUGCGGCAGGUCUCGCCCGGAACGCAUGCGAAGCAUCCUGAUCCCGCCAGCCUGGCGGCCAGUGUUGGGCUCGCAUCGAGUGACGUCGGGGCCACCGUGAAGGCAGCGAAUGGAGGUAGUGAUGUGACGCUGGUGCCGCAAGUCAUGUCGACGUCGACAACCCGCCAUCUCCUCGUCCCGCUCGCCUCGGUCGACGCACUCAACAAGGUGAUUGUCCAAAAGGACAAGCUCCUGGAGCAACUCGCGCUCGUCGACAAGACGGCUUACGGCCUCUUCCUGUUCACGCCCGUGCCGCCGGCCUCGCAAGACACCCCUCAGACAUAUCGCGCCCGGUUCUUUAGCCCGGGAAUGUCGUCUGAAGACCCGGCAACCGGCAGCGCUGCGGGCCCGUUUUCGGCUUAUCUGUAUAACCAUAAGGCGCUGAAACUGGAGGGAGGCGAAGCAGCGAUCGAGGUGCAGCAGGGUCACAGGGUGGGGAGAGAGUGCGUCAUUCGCGUUGAGCUCAGGUCGAGCGGGGAUGGCGAAGGCGAAGCGUUGGACGUUGACAUCGUGGGCGGGGGCACGCGCGUGGCUGACGGAAGCAUUGCAGUUCCUGAUCAGUCGACGCAGUUCUGA